AUGCGGCUGACCUCGAUUCUCACGCUCACCUGCUCGAUAGCGGCCCUGGUCCUCUCGUUACUAUGCUUGUUCGCAGGCUCCAGCCGAUCCUUCCUGCAGAGCGCCGAUGUCAUGACCCUGAACGUAUCUCAGAUCGGCCAGGGUGAGAUAUUCAACACGACUUCCGACCCUGACGACAACUUCCUAGAUGAUCUCGUCAAUUCUGCCCAGGACGUCGCCAACGAUCUCAUCGGCGAUGCUGCCGAUGCCAUCACCGAGCGUCUCAAUAUCUCCGACUUUUACGCCGUGCACGUCAUGAACUACUGCGAGGGCAUGUUUGAACCCAAUGGCACCGCCGACAACGCCAAGAAGAAUACUACCAACUGCUCCGAGCGCAAUGCCCUUUUCCACUUCAAUCCCUCCGAGAUCAUCGAGGAGCACUUACCUAGCGGUAUCACUCUGGAGGACUUGAACUGGCCUGAAGACAUCGACAGAGCUGUGGAUGCCAUCCGUGCCGCGAGCAUUGCCAUGUUCGUCUUCUGGUGUGUUGGCAUCGGCUUCGCUGGCUUCGCCAUCAUCGGUUCCGCGGUCAGCAUCUUCAGUUCCGGACGAGGCACCCCUUGUGGUGUCUUCGUUGUCUCAUUCAUCUCGUUCCUUUCCCUCGGCAUAGCCUCCGCCAUCGCGACGGCUGUCAUGGCCAAAGCAACCGACGCCAUCAACAAGUACGGCCAAGACAUUGGCGUCUCCGCCACCAAGGGCACAGAGUUCCUCGGCAUGUCCUGGGGCGCCACAGCGGCUAUGCUGGUGGCUACCAUUCUUUCUAUUGCGCAGGUCUGUGGCGGUCGGCGAGACAAGGGUUUCAAGUCGAGCAAGAUCUGA